AUGGCCCAGCUAGCUCCAGUCGAGCAGCCCACUCUCACGGCUCAUCCUGCUCCAGUGGCUUUCCAAGCAGCCCAACCUAGUUUUCAAGUUAACGAUUGGCCCUGCAAUGCAAUUGCAAGAAGAGCUACGUUGGAUGCUGUGUGUAAAAGAGAUACUACCGCCUCGGUACACCUUGCACCGCAACAAGAAGGAUCAGACACUGAGGAGCUGUUCAACUACCAGCAUAACGGUCUUCUGAGGUCGGCACAAGAAUGGGUAAAAGAAACGGCUCAGUCAUGCUCAACUGUGGCGGUGCUAGUGUCCACUGUGGUCUUUGCAGCUGCCUACGCCAUUCCCGGGGGUACUAGUGACCAAAGUGGCCUUCCUCUUUUCCGAGACGAUCCUCUCUUUUUGUUCUUCACCUGCAUGGACGUUGUGGGCAUUGCCUGCUCAUUAUCUUCUGUGGCAUUCUUUCUCUCUGUCCUCUCCUCCCCUCUUGAGUACCCAUAUUUCGUUAACAGUGUUCCUCGCAAGAUCAUGACUGGAUUCAUCUUGCUUUUCUUGUCAAUGGCAUCCACCAUGCUCGCCUUUGCCGCCACCAUUUUGCUCUUGAUUCGUGUAGAGAAGAAAUGGACCAAGUCUGUACUUUACCCUAUUGCAUUUUUCCCAGUCCCUCUAUUCGGCCUGCUGCAAUUUCCUAUGUAUCAAUCUUUCAUAGUCAUGUUUCGGAAAAUUGAUGACUGGAUUUUCAGCCCCUUACGCUGCCCUCUCGGCUUGUCCAAGAGGAGAUCAAUAUGGGGCAAGCGUAAGGCGUAUUGAAUCACAUAAGCUUUUCGUCGAGGCGGAAUUUGUGGUUCAAAUUCACAAUCUUGCAGCUGAAGUUACAGAUGUGUUUGUAUUUAUCAUUUGAAUAUUUCAUUUGGGUUCUUCUUCUUUUCUCCCCAAUAUAAUGUCACAAUUUUAUUGUGUCUUUGUUUUAAGUUAUGGGCAAUUAGUGAAGAAUAAAGAGGCUUGUUUCUAUGCUAAA